AUGUCGGACGUCGCGUCGCGAGCGUCGUGGCGAAGAGACGGACUGAGUUUUCGCGAGAAGUUUGUCGAGGCCGCGACGGUGAAGAAUGUUAAAGUUCGUCAGUACGCGUCGCUGAGCGAUUUCGCAAAGCAAACGCGCGCGCACACAGAUUCAACAAAGGUUUCCGAGCGCGAUGGUUCGUCGUCGGACGACGACGUGGUGCCCGGUACGGGAUUCACGGCGUGGGACGGCGCGGCGCUUCUGGGCGCGUAUUGCUCGCGACGCGACGUGUGGGUUCGAUUGACGAAGAGAGCGGAGCGAUCGGCGACGGAUUCGAAUCCGAUCGUAACGAUGGAGUUAGGCGCGGGAACGGGGUUGGCGACGCUCAUGAUCGCGAGCUCGAGCGAUGCGGCUGGUGGGGAGAGGAACCGCGGAGCGGUGUGCGCGAUGACGGAUUUAGCCGAGGUGUGCGAGCUCACGAGGGCAAAUGCGAGGGAUAACAAGGCGGAGAACGGCGGAGCGGUGCCGUCUUGUGUGCUGUUAGCGGUGAAACCACUCAGAUGGGGACGUGAAGAGGACGUGGAGGGGAUGCCGGGGGCGAUUCGAUGGCCGGACGUCGUGCUCGGCGCCGACGUCAUGUACGCCACGAACGACGAUGUCAUUCGCGCGUUGGCGUCAACCACGGCGAUGUUGGUGAAACCGGGACGAGUAGCGGUGUUCGUGGCGUGCAAAGAUCAUCGUCCAGAGAGCGUCGACGUCUUCGUGCGCGCGGUCGAGGCUGAAGGGUUCGAGGUGACACGCGUGCCGGCUUCGACUGCGCACGUCGAUUUUCCUUGCGGCGACGACGAAUUUGAAAUUUUGGAAUGUUGGCGACGAUGA